CGAGAUGACACCAAAUUUCAAAAGUCAUUUCAUUGACUCAUGAACACAAACAUAACCUUGUUUACAAUGAGUUACCACUGCUGCCAUUCUCGUUCAUAAUCAUUUAGUCUAACAUCACCGUUUAUUCCCUGUAUAUUCUGUUGAAUUGUAAUAUUGAAAUUUGAACAGAUCACUUGUAGGCUAGGUUAGUCUGUGAAGUGAAAUGAAGAUUGAUAAAAUGACCGCAGUCUUGAAUUACGAAAUGAAAAACGAAGUCUUAAACUUAAUGACAGAAAAAAAUAAAAUUGAAGCAGAAAUUCAACAAUUUUAUGAUGUCUUAUCAGCAAAUAACAUUGGCAUGCAUGAACCUCUAGUAGACAGUGAAGGCUUCCCACGAAAUGAUAUUGAUGUCUAUCAAGUCAGAACUGCCCGUCACAGAAUUAUAUGUUUGCAGAAUGACCAUAAGAGUACCAUGUUGAAAAUAGAAGCAGGUCUGCAUAAGUUGCAUGCUGGUAACACUGGAGACUCUGCAGCCGAGGGUUCGUCUUCAGCCCAGCUGAUGCUAGAGCCUUUCGCCUGUAUCACUCUCGUCUCCGCCGGCUCUCCAGCUGAUUUAUGUGGUCUACAAGCUAAUGAUCAGCUCCUUGAGUUUGGGUCAGUGAACAAAGGAAAUUUCAAGUCUAUGCAAGACAUAGCAACUGUGGUGCGCCACUCCACAGGGCAGAUGGUGAAUGUGACAGUCAAGCGAAAGGGCAGACACUCUUCCCUCCACUUCCACCUCACACCUCAACCGUGGAGUGGGCAGGGCCUCAUUGGUUGCAAGAUAGAUCCACUCCCAGCAGAUGCAAUUGAGCGAUAAGCAAGCCACAUCACUUCACCUGUAUUGUAACACUUAACUUAUGUUGUUAUUUAUAUCAUUUUGGUUACAAUAAACCAUUUAAAUUUU